UUUCGGUAGCCUUGUUCAGACUGUUGGCAUAUCUGCCAGAUGAGCUGCCGGCCUCUUGUGUUGUUUUGGAAAGCUAAGCGCAAGAAGGCCACUUUCUGUGUAUGGACUGAGAGGCCAGUUACUUCAAAACCUGUAAAUUUAGGGCAUUAAAUUUCGCUAAAAGUUAAGGGUGUCCUUUUCUUGUUGCCUUCAAAACUUCCUAAAACAGCAAACUGUCAAACGCUGAGGGUAAAUGUGGUUGUUGCAUAUAACCUAUCUUCAGAUAAGAGGAUUAUACUUUAAUUCUUGAAAAACUGAAGGUCAUGGUAUGGCAAUAAUAAAUAGUUGUUGGGACCAACCAAAAGGUUACCGGCAAGGUUUCAAAUGAGCUAGGAUAUUUGUUGGGGAUGUGCCAUGAAUGCAACCCAGAUUGGAGGAAGACAACAUGGACUUUGUAUGAAUCUGCAAAAUUAUUUAUUAGUUUCAUCUACUCAAGAUCCCUCAAGAAUACAACACAUUCACACAGUCUCUGCAGGGAUAUAAUAAUAAAAGGUGAUUGCUCCUAUCUGCAUGUAACCAAUGCUAGCCUAAGGACUGGGAGUCCAAGAGACAGCUAUCCUACUGGGACUGUUUUGCAGUACCGUUGUAUCCCAGGUUAUGAGCCUAUUCCUGGAGAGACUCUUUCUAUUACAUGUCUUGCCAAUUCAAAAUGGUCAGUAGAAAAUCCUAGGUUUUGUCAAGGAAGGCGAUGUCCUACUAUAAAUUUAGAGAAUGGCAGAAUAGUAAAAUCAAAAGACUUGCGGCUAGGUGAUGAAAUAACUCUAGGCUGUAAUGAGGGGUACAGAAUAGUAGGCGUAAAUACUCUUCAAUGUAGGCUUAUAAACAACAACGUUAAUUGGAAUAGAGACCUUCCACUUUGCCAACGAAUCCCCUGUUUCCCCCCUCCUAAGAUUGCCAAUGGUCAACACAGUGAGUCAAUCGAUGGACAUUAUGACUAUGGCACAACAGUGACGUACACUUGUAAUGCUUAUUACUCACUUAUUGGAAGCCCUACUAUUACAUGUUUAGUGGCUGCAGAUGGUGUAAACGGAGAGUGGCGUCCAGCAGCACCUGAAUGUAAAGCGGUCGUAUGCCGUAGACCUGACAUAAAAAAUGGAAGAAUAACAACUGCGUAUAAGCCUGCGUACACCUAUGGAGAUCGUAUAAUAUCUGCAUGUAAUCGUGGAUACACUCUGGUGGGGAAUGACAGUAGUAUAUGUGGGGCUAACAAUGCCUGGCAACCUCCUAUUCCAACAUGUGUUAGGCAAUCCACCACCACUGUUGCCACCAUCCGUCCAAGUGGAAGUACCAAAAAAACAACUUCUAGCAGACCUCGUCCAACCACUGGAGGUGGUGGUGGUGGAGGAGGAGGAGGAGGAGGAGAUGGAGGAGGAGAUGGAGGAGGAGGAGUAGAUGAUGGAGGAGGAGGAGUAGAUGAUGGAGGAGGAGGAGUAGAUGAUGAAGGAGGAGGAGGAGACGAUGGCCUAAACCCAGAAAACGGACCAGGUCCACAGACAACGCUUCCUCCAGACGAUAUAGAAUCUGACAACACUGCAACAAUUAUUAUCGGAUUCGUCCUGGCUAUUUUAGUUGUGCCUUGUCUAAUUGUUGCAUUUUGGAAAUACAGAUCGUCCAUGAAAACUAGAGUACCCGAAGCUCCUUCUAGUCCUGCUCAAUUUGACAAGUCGGUAUCAAAAUCUGGAUUGGAAGCCAAAGGUUCUCAAUUGAACAAGGUUUCUUCAGUAAACCUGUAAUCCAGCACCCUUCCAGUUGAUCCUAACAGUUCUAAUUUUUAUAACAGGAAAUGAGAAUUAAGGGAAGGACUAUGUGAAAAGUCAAAGCCUUUUUCAUUAAGAACUGGCCAUCCAGCUACUUGAAGCAUGAAGCAGUACUGGGCCCCAACACAACUCUCAUCAUUUGCUCUUACUUUUGCAUAGAACUGGGUUCCAGCUUCCCUUGAAGAAUGUCUCUUUAAGUGCCUUAAUCAAAUACAGAGCCAAGCAGAACUGAUUGUGUAUCUACCCUGGCAAGGUGCAUUAUUAUUUCUUCAAACAUUGUAAAGAUGUCAUGGGUUCUGUGUAGGAAAUGUGAAAUGUUACCAUUUGUUUCCUAGAAUCUUGUUCAUCUCAUGAAACGGAGGGGGCAAGUGUAGUUGUUAAAAUUUACCAAACUUUUGACUUCCUCAAGACUUUCUCAUGCAUAAUUCUAAAAGCUGCCUUGAUUUCCUUACAGGAUUUUCAAAAGUGUAAACAACAGUAAUAUGUGCCUAAUAUGAUAUAUAUAUAAU